AUGCCCACACUACCAAGUGCCAACUUGAGUUUCUCUACAUUCCUGCUGACGGGCUUCCCAGGGCUGGAGUGGGCUCACCAGUGGAUUUCGCUGCCCAUUUUUGUAGGAUACCUUGUGGCCCUUGUGGGUAAUGCCACUAUCUUGCAUCUGGUGCGAACUGACCCUUCCCUCCACCAGCCCAUGUACUACUUCCUGGCCAUCCUGGCUGUGACGGACUUGGGCUUGUGCAUGUCCACGCUGCCCUCAGUGCUGGGUGUGCUGUGGUUUGAUGCCCGGACAGUGGGCCUGGUGCCCUGUGUUCUGCAGCAGCACUUCCUCCACUCCUUCUCCUUCAUGGAGUCAGCCGUGCUCUUUGCGAUGGCUCUGGACCGCCUGGUGGCCAUCCGAUUCCCACUGCGCUAUGCAUCUGUGCUCACAGGUCCUCGUGUGGCCUUGGCUGGGGUUGUGCUGGGCAUGCGGAGUGCCGCCAUCACUGCUGCACCCUCACUGCACUUACUGAAAUUUGACUACUGCCACCCUGGGGCGCUCUCCCAUGCUUACUGUCUUCACCAGGACAUGAUCCGCCUGGCCUGCUCUGACACACGCUUCAACAGACUCUACGGGCUGUGCAUCAUUAUGCUGGCCAUGGGCUCCGAUGUCCUUUUCAUCCUGCUCUCCUACGCUAGCAUCCUCCGCACCGUGCUCGCCAUCGCCUCUGCAGGGGAGCGGCUCAAGGCCCUCAACACCUGUGUCUCCCACAUCCUGGCUGUGCUCUGCUUCUAUGUGCCUGUGCUAGGCCUGUCCAUUGUGCACAGAUUUGGGCGCCACACCUCACCGCUGGUGCACAUCCUCAUGGGCACUGUCUCUGUGCUCUUUCCUCCCCUGAUCAACCCAGUUAUCUACAGCAUCAAGACCCAGCAGAUCCGCAGGGCCAUUCUCAAGGUGAUUUCACUGGGGAAGAUAAAAUGA